AUGUGGAAAGAGAUGGUGGAAAUGGUCCCAGAAGGAGAGGAACCACUUGAUGUUCUCGUUCGUGCUACCCGUCAAGCAGAGGCGCAGUGCUGCACCUGCCAGCAAGGGCCACCCGGACCAGAUGGACCACCAGGUGCACCGGGCAAGGAUGGAGCUCCAGGAGAGGGACCAGGAGCCCCAGGACCACCAGGGCCCGAUGCUGACAUCCACGACCGGCUGCUGCCAGUUCCACCGCAAUGUCCAUGUCAAGCUGCACCGGGACCUGUUGGACCACCAGGGCCACCUGGACCAGAUGGACAACCCGGCAAUGCCGGACCAAAUGGUGACGAUGGAGCACCAGGAGCUCAAGGUCCACCAGGACCACCGGGUAGCCCGGGCCAGAACGGACAGCCUGGCCAACGUGGACCACCGGGAGAACCCGGACAGCUCAUUCCCGGAGAGCGACCACCACCAGGACCACCUGGACAGCCCGGACGACCGGGUGCCCCGGGACAACCCGGCCGACCUGGACCACCAGGAAAAGAUGGCGAAAACGGUGGACCUGGCGGCCCCGGAGAACCAGGACAACGCGGUCCACCUGGCCCGAACGGACAACAAGGACCACCAGGAGAAGCUGGUCAACCGGGUGCACCGGGAAGCUGCGAUCACUGCCCACCGGCACGUCUUGCUCCGGGUUAUUAG